AUCAGAACCCAAGCAGUCGGGCCCAACAUCUUCUUGUAUAUAUACACAUCUCGUCUUGCAUACUUAGCAUUCAAAAACCAAAACCCAUCAAACAUAAACAUAAACAACCUUCUGAGACUCUCGUUAUUUCAACCUUUUAUACACUUGUAUCUCUUUAUCCCAUAUAUUUCUACCCAGCUGCCUACUUAUGUGUAAUUCGAAGCCUUCUUAACCAUCCUCAUUUUUCUCUACCAAUAAAACCCAUUUUCUAGAUUCCAACGAGGACAUGGAAGAAGAAGACCAACUAAGUAGAUGGCCAAAUCCUUCUGAGGUCUUUGAAGAAAUCAAAGCCAUUGGUAAGAUUUCUGGCCCUACAACUAUCACUGGUCUACUUAUGUAUUCAAGGGCCAUGAUCUCCAUGCUCUUCCUUGGAUAUCUUGGUGAAAUUGAGCUUGCUGGUGGCUCUCUUUCCAUCGGUUUUGCUAAUAUCACUGGCUACUCUGUAAUCUCCGGCUUGGCUAUGGGAAUGGAACCCAUUUGUGGACAAGCUUAUGGUGCCAAACAGUGGAAGCUUCUGGGCUUAACUCUACAAAGAACUGUUCUUCUCCUUCUCUCCACUUCUAUUCCAAUCUCCUUCAUGUGGAUUAACAUGAAAAGAAUUCUUUUGUGGUGUGGCCAAGACCAAGAAAUAUCUUCUGUGGCUCAUACUUUUAUUCUUUAUUCAAUACCUGACCUCAUUUUCCUUUCAUUGCUUCACCCACUUCGCAUCUAUCUUAGAACUCAAAGCAUUACGUUGCCAUUAACUUACUGUUCUGCUAUUUCUGUACUCCUCCAUGUGCCACUCAAUUUCCUUCUCGUAGUUCAUUUCAAGAUGGGCAUUGCAGGGGUGGCCAUAGCUAUGGUUUGGACUAAUCUCAAUCUCUUCCUCUUGCUAUCUUCAUCUGUAUAUUUUUCUGGUGUCUAUAAAGAUUCAUGGGUUUCACCCUGCAUGGAUUGCCUUAGGGGAUGGUCUUCUUUGCUUUCCCUGGCUGUGCCAACUUGUAUAUCAGUUUGUCUUGAGUGGUGGUGGUACGAGUUUAUGAUAAUGCUUUGUGGACUUCUUGCUAACCCAAAAGCCACCAUUGCUUCAAUGGGAAUCCUCAUCCAAACCACCUCUCUUGUUUAUGUCUUCCCUUCAUCUCUAAGUCUUGGAGUUUCCACCAGAGUUGGAAAUGAACUUGGUGCUAACCGCCCCGCUAAAGCCCGCAUUUCAAUGAUUGUUUCCCUUUUUUGCGCUGUAGCAUUAGGCCUCAUGGCCAUGCUGUUCACAACCUUAAUGAGGCACCAAUGGGGGAGGUUUUUCACCAACGAUGCUGAAAUUCUAGAGCUGACUGCAAUAGCAUUGCCCAUUGCGGGGCUUUGUGAGCUUGGAAAUUGCCCUCAGACGACUGGCUGUGGUGUGUUAAGAGGAAGUGCAAGGCCAACAAUCGGGGCAAACAUCAAUUUGGGAUCAUUUUACUUAGUGGGUAUGCCAGUGGCAAUGUUCAUGGGGUUUGUGGCCAAAAUGGGGUUUCCUGGGCUCUGGCUUGGCUUGCUUGCAGCUCAAGCUUCAUGUGCGUUGCUCAUGCUGUAUGUGUUAUGCAGAACGGAUUGGAUUCUUCAAGUUGAAAGAGCAAGAGAGCUUACACAAUCUAAGACGACGACAACAACAACAACUAGUAGUUCAAUAUUGCCAGUUUCAUCAUCAAAACUAGAAGACUUUCUCAUCAACAAGAAGGAUAAUCUUGAAGAGAUAUCGUGCAUUAAUGAUGAGCAUGUGAAGUCAGCGUCACUUGAGACAGACCCACUUAUAUCUGCUAAACACACAACUACUGUGCAUUGAUUAGAGUUAACCCUCCCCAUUUUUGCCCCUCUCGAGGAGCUGAUGUGAAAAUUAUUCAUUAGUAGAGAGAGUUCCCUUCUCUCAUUCUCACUGUCUUAGUUAAAGUUGAAAAGUGUUGUUAUCUUGUAAUAUAAUAAGCAUCUUAAUAUACUUAAAAAUGAAACCAACUUCUUCUUCUCCAUAUGCAUACACAGAUGCAUAAAAGGAGGAGAGAGGAAUAAAGGGUUAAGCUGUCGGUUGUUUAGAGGCUUCACCUUUCUCGUUGGUCUAUUCUAUUUAAGGCAAUGAGGUUUCACUACCUAAAAUGGAAAAUUAGCAUGUUAUCUUAAUGCAUUUCCCUUCCUUCACUAUGCAAAUAAAUUAUACUUAUGAAGAACCCAAUUUUAAUUA